AUGUCUCCAAAGCUGGAAUUGAAGGUUUGUGGCAUCAAGGUGGAAACCGUGAGGUUGCUACUUCAAGUGGUGAUCUUCAUAUCGAUUGCUGGUGCCGCUAUAUCUUCGCGGUUGUUUUCGGUAAUUCGUUUCGAAAGUAUCAUUCAUGAAUUCGAUCCUUGGUUCAAUUUCAGAGCCACCAAAUAUUUGGUGAGCCAUUCUUUCUACGAGUUUUUGAAUUGGUUCGACGACAGAACUUGGUACCCCUUGGGACGUGUCACCGGAGGAACUUUGUACCCCGGAUUGAUGGUGACUUCCGGUGUCAUCUGGCACACGUUGAGAGACUGGUUCAAGUUACCAGUCAAUAUUAGAGAUGUGUGUGUAAUGUUGGCUCCAGCGUUCUCUGGAUUGACUGCAAUCGCCACAUACUACUUCACAGCGGAAUUGAAGGACUCCAAUGCUGGUUUGUUGGCGGCAAUUUUCAUGGGUAUCGCACCUGGUUACAUAUCCAGAUCUGUGGCCGGCUCUUACGAUAACGAGGCAAUUGCAAUCACUUUACUCAUGGCCACGUUCUACUUUUGGAUCAAAGCGCUGAAAGUGGGUUCAGUCUACUACGCUACAUGGACUGCGUUGUCUUACUUUUACAUGGUUUCUGCAUGGGGUGGAUACGUUUUCAUCACCAAUUUGAUUCCAUUGCACAUCUUUGUUCUUAUCUUGAUGGGCCGUUACAACCACAAACUUUACACCGCUUACACCACCUGGUACGCAUUGGGAACAUUGGCAUCAAUGCAAAUACCUUUCGUGGGUUUCUUGCCCAUCAGGUCCAACGACCAUAUGGCUGCCCUCGGAGUGUUUGGUUUAUUGCAAUUGACCGCCUUGGGAGACUAUGUUAGGUCGAGAGUCUCGGGAAGACAAUUCAAGACAUUCUUGACCAUCUCUGUGGCUCUCAUAAUACUUCUUGGCAUCGGUGCCUUGUUCGCUUUGACUGCCUUGGGCUUAAUUGCUCCAUGGACUGGCCGUUUCUACUCAUUGUGGGACACAAACUACGCUAAGAUUCACAUUCCAAUUAUCGCGUCUGUUUCUGAGCACCAACCUACUGCUUGGCCUUCUUUCUUCUUCGACAGUGGAAUGUUGAUCUGGCUUUUCCCUGCCGGAAUCUACAUUUGCUUCCAAGAAUUGAGAAAUGAACACGUUUUCGUCAUCAUCUAUAGUGUCUUGUGCUCCUACUUUGCUGGUGUCAUGGUAAGACUCAUGUUGACCUUGACUCCAAUCAUUUGUGUUUCUGCAGCCCUCGCAAUCUCCAGGUUGUUUGAUGAGUAUUUGAACUUUGUGGAGGUUUUCAGAACUCCAGCAGAAAAGAAGCCCACAGAAGAGAAGAAAGGUAAGACUCCGGAAGUAAAGAAAGUUAAAGGUGGAUCCAAAACGAGAACUUGGUCAUUAUUCCAAAUUUUAUCCAAAUUGUUGGUUGUGGGAUCUUUUACUACUUACCUUGUGUACUUUGUGUUGCAUUGUACCUGGGUUACCUCGAACGCCUACUCUUCUCCUUCUGUUGUAUUGUCAUCGAGAAAUCCUGAUGGCUCUCCAAACAUCAUCGAUGAUUACAGAGAGGCAUAUUACUGGUUGCGAAUGAACACACCCGAGGAUGCCAAGGUGAUGGCAUGGUGGGAUUACGGUUACCAGAUUGGUGGUAUGGCCGACCGUACUACUCUCGUCGACAAUAACACAUGGAACAAUACUCAUAUUGCAACCGUCGGAAAGGCAAUGUGUUCUUCCGAAGAUGUUGCUUAUGAGAUCUUGAAAAAGCACGAUGUCGACUAUGUGUUGGUUGUUUUCGGAGGGCUCUUGGGCUACUCGGGAGAUGACAUCAACAAGUUCUUAUGGAUGGUUAGAAUAUCCGAAGGGAUUUGGCCCGAUGAAGUUACUGAACGUGACUACUUUUCUGCCAAAGGCGAGUACAGAGUGGAUGAGGGAGCAUCUCAGACUAUGAGAAACUCGUUGAUGUACAAAAUGUCAUACUACAGAUUUGCAGAAAUCUUCAAUGGUAGAGAUGCCACCGACCGUGUGAGAAGCCAAACCAUACCUGCUAACAUGGCACCCGAACUUAGCGUUCUAGAAGAAGCUUUCACAUCGCAAAAUUGGAUGGUAAGACUCUACAAAGUGAAGGAUCUCGACAAUGUGGGUAGAGAUCUCCACGCCGCCAGCAAAUUCGAAAGUAGCAAAGAUCUGAGCUCCAAGAAGAAGCGGAUCAUCAAAAAGCCAACACUUUCUUUAAGAGAGUAG